AACGCGCUUGGUCUGGGCUAAUAGUACAACACUACGAAAUUAGCAUUUCAAUCUAGCUCUGCUACUCACCAUGUCAAGACAUCUACUAAACAGUUGACCGGCAACUGAAACUUUAAGUAAACAGUAGUAAAAGUUCAAUUCUCUUCGACGAUCUCCACGUUUGCUGAGCUAAAACAUCUGCUUACAAGAUGAAAGGGAACUUGUGAGUUGCCACAGUCUAUGUGCAAACUCCGUUCAGCUAAACGGAGAGUUUUGAUUGAAUCAAGAUUUUCUGAGCACACCGCGUUGGCUGGCUGUUCGAGAUGUAGAAACUUUGGUUCUCAAAUCACAUGCUUUUCAGAUACAUUCUGUGCAUGAUCGUUGUUAAGUGUCUAAAGUGAGAGGAACCCUAAUAAAAAAAGUUAACCCGACCGCGUAGCAGAUGCCGCUGUGCCUUGAGCUUAGUAACAACUGAGGCUGAAACAGAUCAAGGAUUUUGUGUCUCCAGUGAAGCAGUAAUCAAUAGUGUUCUCGUAACAAUUAAAAGGCUUUUUGAUAUCAACAAUCUAAAGAUUUGUUUCGAAUAUGUGAAAAAUUAUAGUACAACAUGUUUUAGAAAGAGUAUUGAUAUCCCAAAAAAAAAAAUCGCAUUCAUUCCACCAGUAAAGUGAGAAACAUAAUGAAAACCGAUAUAUUAGCCAUACUGGUGUUUAUAACGCUUGCGGCUCAGCAAGUGAAGUGUCGUAAUGAUUUGGUCGAGAGCAUAAGCGAGAAACGUGUUCCCAAUAAUUCAAUCAAGCCAAGAACAUCCAAAUCCACUACGAGGAUCAUCGAAAAAACUAUAAGUGCUUAUAACGUAACCGAUGCCAAUAACACGCUGAGUGUUGUUAACAGUAUUGCUCAGAUUGAUAUAGUAAAAACUAAGCAAUUAAGAAAGAAGAACAAAAAGGCUAAGCAACUGUUCGUGUGUCCCAUAGAGAAGCAAGCGCCAUUUCAACUCAUCCCCACGUUAUGUAGGCGAAAUCGAGAUUGCAGAAAACAAGGAUCCAACGUGAAAUGCUGCUAUUUGUUUGGAAGUAAACGAUGUGUUCCAGGAGUACCGGCGCCCAUACCAGAGCCAUCCCAUGAUCCAAUUUUCGGAAUACCGCGACGGUGCCCCAAACAACCAUUAACGGAGACAUUCUGGGAUAUCCAAACUUGUGAAACGGAUAAUGACUGUUGGCCACGGGUCUGCUGUCCAGAUGGUGGUCAAAAAUAUUGCCGAACAUCCCAGCCAGUAUUCGAAGAGUCCGAAAAUGCGGCAGCUAGGCAAUUAGCAUACCCUAUUGAAGCAGUUUCUCAGUACUUGCAAUGCACUCCGCCGCCGCCCGUUAUAUUUGAUGUUCACCCGAAAGUGUGCAACACCACGUUAGACUGCUUCCCAAAUUUAUGCUGCCAGGAAGCGGGAAAACGACAUUGUAGACCGCCCAAACGAUCAUUAUUGGCUCUUGUAACAGGAUUGACAUCGAGAAUCAAUAUUGGAUUUAUUCGAGAUCUAACGGAUAAUUUAGUCAUUAGAAGGUAAACAGAAUUCAUGACACUUGUUGAAUAAAGGA